CUAUUAGGUUGUUUUAACACUUGACAACUGACAUUUAACCUCGUCCCUAUAGGUAACAUUGUGAGUGUAUUGUGCUGUAUAAAAUCCGAAUUCAGUUAUUUGAUGAUGUUAGGAAACACACUUACGUAUAUUCUGAAUUAAAGAAUGUCUUAUAUAGAUGUUAAUUCUUAGGAUUUUUCAUUUAAUAAUUAUUUCAAAAUAUGGCUGAAGAAGCAAAGAAAACAAUCCAUUUGAAGAUACCAUUUAAAUCAAAGGAACAAUCAACAUUAGUGUCUGAAGUACUAGGUGUGGAUAAAGAAUUGAAGGGUAGUGGCAUAAAUAAAACAAUAAAUAUUAAAGACGACGGUUUACUUGUAAUUUUUGAAGGAAGUGAUUAUAAGAAAAUUCGAGUGACGGUGAAUGCCUUUUUAAAGAAUGUAUUGUUAGUUGUUAAAACCAUUCAUUUAUUUGAAUAAUAUUUUAUUUACAAUGCCAGAACACACUCCAGCUCCGACACCGGCACGGUCUUUAUAUGGAUUCUUUAUGUAUUUGUUCAGUAAAACCAUUUUAGCUAUUUAUUGUAUAUGGGCAAUAACUCCUAAUUCUAUUUUACAUUAUUUUAAUAUAUACUAUUAUCCUCAGAAGUAUUGGGCUACUGCAGUACCUAUUCAGCUGUUAGUGGGUUUGACUAUUUUUGCUUUUAUAAUCUAUCCGAGUUCAAAUUUAAUGUUAACACUUAGUAUUGAUGAUGUAAACACAAUUAAGGAUACUGUUGGUAAAGCAAAUAAAAUUAACAAUGAAAAUAAUGUAAGUGAAGCAAGUGAUUUUUGUAUAUGUAAUGAUAAAACUAAGUGUAUGAAGCUUUCUUAUGUAGCAAGUAAUAAAGAACUGAUCGAAAAUACGGUUCCUCAGUUAGAGGAUCUGGACAUGAGAUAUGUUUCCAAAAAAUUAUAUUUAUAUAAUAAAAAACAAUAAAAUAUGAA